GCUAAAAACAUUUGAGAACGUCUCUCUCUCUGACAGUUCUUUUUGUUUUUCUGUCUCUUUCUCUGCUCGAUGCGAAGAAUCGAGCAUUUGUGUCGCUCUUUGUAACGUCUGUCUAUAUCGGGAAUAUUAUCAGAAUCUCAACGAGCUGCUUGAAUGCGUAUCUUUCGUUCCCUGAUGUUGGCGGUGGCGUUAGCGGUGGCUUUGGCCGUUACUGAGCUCACAGCAUCGCCGUUACCUUCGGUCUAUGCGAAAUACGCAGCUGGUCCGGCCAAGAUUCUUCCUUUAGAAAGGGCUUUUCCACUAGACGAGCCAGUGGAGCUGAGUGAACUUAGAGCGCGUGAUCGUGUCAGACACGCGCGAAUCUUACUCGGCGGUGGUCGUCAGAGCUCUGUUGGCGGCGUCGUCGACUUCCCAGUUCAAGGCUCUUCCGAUCCUUACCUUGUCGGGCUUUAUUUCACAAAGGUCAAAUUAGGUUCUCCUCCUACAGAAUUCAAUGUUCAGAUUGAUACUGGAAGUGACAUCUUGUGGGUUACUUGUAGUUCUUGCAGUAAUUGCCCUCACUCUAGUGGACUUGGAAUCGACCUCCAUUUCUUUGAUGCUCCUGGUUCCUUGACUGCUGGCUCUGUUACUUGUUCAGAUCCGAUUUGUUCUUCAGUUUUUCAGACAACUGCUGCACAGUGUUCUGAGAAUAACCAGUGCGGUUACUCCUUUCGCUAUGGCGAUGGAAGUGGGACUUCAGGUUACUACAUGACUGACACGUUCUAUUUUGAUGCGAUUUUGGGAGAGUCUUUGGUUGCAAACUCAUCUGCUCCCAUUGUUUUCGGCUGUAGUACCUACCAAUCUGGGGACUUGACAAAGUCAGACAAAGCAGUCGAUGGUAUAUUUGGUUUUGGCAAGGGAAAGUUGUCCGUUGUUUCUCAAUUGUCGUCAAGAGGGAUUACGCCGCCAGUGUUUUCUCAUUGCUUGAAAGGAGAUGGUAGUGGAGGUGGUGUCUUUGUCCUUGGCGAGAUAUUGGUCCCAGGAAUGGUUUACAGUCCUCUCGUUCCAUCACAGCCUCACUAUAACUUAAAUCUGCUGAGCAUUGGCGUGAAUGGACAGGCGCUACCCAUCGAUGCAGCGGUGUUUGAAGCAUCAAAUACCCGUGGAACUAUUGUUGACACAGGAACCACUUUGACAUAUCUGGUGAAAGAGGCUUAUGAUCCUUUUCUCAAUGCUAUAUCAAACAGCGUGUCACAGUUGGUAACACCGAUCGUUUCUAAUGGAGAGCAGUGCUAUUUGGUCUCGACUAGCAUAAGUGACAUGUUUCCUCCAGUUAGUCUCAACUUUGCUGGUGGUGCAUCAAUGAUGUUAAGACCUCAGGACUACUUAUUUCAUUACGGUUUCUAUGAUGGUGCGUCCAUGUGGUGCAUUGGUUUUCAGAAGGCUCCGGAAGAACAAACCAUUUUAGGAGAUCUUGUACUUAAAGACAAAGUCUUUGUGUAUGAUCUUGCUCGGCAACGGAUUGGAUGGGCAAACUAUGAUUGUUCGAUGUCUGUGAAUGUAUCGGUAACUUCAGGAAAGGAUAUUGUAAACUCAGGCCAGCCAUGUUUGAACAUCUCAAUAAGAGACAUACUCUUAAGAUUCUUCUUUAGCAUCUUAGUGGCUUUACUUCUUUGUAUUUUCUUCUCCUUGACAGGAAUCAGAGCAAAAAUGGCGACUAUUCACGCUGCAUUAUCUGCGGCGGAUGCUUCUUCUUCGGGAUCGAGUUUUCCAGUGACGGCGUCGCUAUACGUCGGAGACUUACACCCUAACGUCACCGAAGGUAUACUCUACAACGCGUUCGCCGAGUUCAAGAGCUUAACUUCUGUUCGUCUCUGUAAAGACGCUUCUACUGGCCGCUCUCUCUGUUAUGGCUACGCUAACUUUCUCUCGCGUCAAGACGCUAACCUUGCCAUUGAGAAAAAGAAUCACAGUUUGUUGAAUGGAAAAAUGAUUCGAGUAAUGUGGUCAGUUCGAGAGCCUGACGCUAGGAGAAAUGGGGUUGGAAAUGUCUUCGUUAAGAAUUUGCCUGAGACAAUCACCAAUGCGGUUCUGCAAGAUAUGUUCAAGAAAUUUGGGAACAUUGUUUCCUGUAAGGUUGCAACUUUUGAAGAUGGAAAGAGUCGGGGAUAUGGUUUUGUUCAGUUUGAGCAAGAAGACGCUGCACAUGCUGCUAUUGAGAACUUGAACAGUACCACUGUUGCUGGCAAGGAGAUCUAUGUUGGAAAAUUCAUGAAAAAGACUGAUCGAGCGAAACCUGAGGAAAAGUACACAAACGUGUACAUGAAGAAUCUCGAUGCAGAUGUCAGUGAGGAUCUUUUAAGGGAAAAGUUUUCAGAGUUUGGGAAAAUUGUUAGCCUAGCAAUUGCAAAGGAUGAGAAUGGAGUAUGUAAAGGAUAUGCAUUUGUCAACUUUGACAAACCAGAGGAUGCAAGACGGGCAGCAGAAACAAUGAAUGGAACACAAUUUGGUUCAAAGUGCCUAUAUGUAGGAAGGGCACAGAAGAAGGCAGAACGGGAGCAACUGCUAAGGGAACAAUUUAAAGAGAAACAUGAAGAACAAAAGAUGAAAGCUAAGGUGUCAAACAUAUAUGUGAAAAACAUCAAUGUUGGUGUUACUGAGGAGGAGCUGAGAAAACACUUCAGUCAAUGUGGCACAAUCACUUCGACAAAGUUGAUGUGUGAUGAGAAAGGAAAAAGCAAGGGAUUUGGAUUUGUAUGCUUCUCAACACCUGAAGAAGCUAUUGAUGCUGUGAAAACCUUUCAUGGGCAAAUGUUUCAUGGGAAACCACUAUAUGUGGCUAUUGCUCAAAAGAAAGAGGACAGGAAGAUGCAGUUACAGGUUCAAUUUGGGAACCGUGUGGAAGGAGGAGGAAGUAGCUCUUCAGCUUCUGUCAUACCAGGGACAUACGCUCCACUCUACUAUACAAACACUCAUCCCGGGAUGUUAUAUCAAUCAUACCCCCCAACGUGGAAGUCUGCUAACAUGAUCAGUUCAUCAUACCCUAACUCUCAAGCACUCACAUGUCCUUCUGUGGUUGCCAAUGUGCCAAGAAAGACUAAGCAGAACAGAAAAGGAAAGUUAGAUAGGAAUGCUGUUUCGUAUGUGCCAAAUGUGUAUCAGUCUACUCAAAUGCUUCCUUUGUCAAGAGAUUUUUCGAACCAGCAGCUUAACAGAACCUAUGGUCGUGGGAAAGAAAUGAAGAAACCAAUCCAACAAAGACAGUCUGAAGCAAUUGAGAUGGAGAAGCAAUUGCUCGGAGAGCUGCUCUACCCUCUUGUGGAGAAACUCGAGCCUCAACUUGCUAACAAAAUCACAGGGAUGCUUCUGGAAAUGGACAAGUCGGAAUUGCUUCUUUUGCUGAAAUCACCAGAAGAAUUGGCUGUUAGAGUGGAAGAAGCGUUUGAAGUUCUGAAAUCAGCCAAGACAAAUCUGCCCAGUGCUAACACUCUUCGUUCUGAUUACUUGGCGUCAGGCAUUUCUGGUGUUUCGAUUAAGUGAAGGACAAAAUGGAAGAAAAAUAACUAGUGACCUCGGUUGCUACUUGCAACACAAACUCUUGUGGGAUUCUUUUGUUUUUUUUUUCGGUAUUAAUUCUUGGAUUGGUAUUCUAGUUUGGUGCUAUUGUCUUGUGUGAAAUACAUUUUCAUAAAUGAUUUCAAUUACU